AAUAUUUUUAAUUCCUCUCUUCAGCAUGGGAAGACACAAUCAUAAUUUGUCAACGGUUGCUUAUAUAAGGAGGGGAAAUCGGGGUUAGAUCCACAAGUUCCGGGUUUGCCUUUAUAUCUUUAGCUAAAGAGACAAAAUCCUUCUAAAAUUAUAUAUCAUCACUAGAAUAUAUACAACACAAAAAAUGUCGAAUCUGAAGGGAAAGGUAGAGACUGAAAUUGAAAUCAACGCAGGUGUUGAGAAGUACUACAAUAUCUGGAAACAAGCACACCACAUUCCGAACAUCGCCGGCGACCAUAUUCAGGGUGUUGAUUGCCAUGAGGGUGACUGGCAUACUCAUGGAGGUGUUAAGAGCUGGAAAUACACAGUUGACGGGACCAGUGGGGUGUUCAAGGAGAAGGUGGAAUUUGACGAUGCAAACAAGGCAGUGAUUCUGAAUGGAUUUGAAGGAGAUGUGUUCAAUGAAUACAAGGUCUUUAAGCCAGUUUAUCAUGUGGUUCCGAAUCCUAAGGGCAGAGGCAGCAUUGCAAAACUUAGCAUUGAGUAUGAGAAGCUGAAUGAGGGUGUUCCACCUCCAGAUAAAUACGUUAAACUGAUGGUCAACAUCAGCAAAGAUCUUGAUGUCCACUUUGGCAAGGCAUAGAUCAUAUAGAUAUGAUCAAAUUAUUAAGGAAAUAUCCUUAUGGUACUAAGUAUUGUAUAAUUGUAGUGCUUUGGUUUGUCCAGUAGUUAUGAUACUUAAACUCCUAAUUUGUGUGAUGAAUGUUUAUGCUAAUUACUUUAAGAGAGCUAAUCAGUUGUUGUAUUAGUCUUGGUGAGGUCACCAUCUAAGCUCUCCAUGUAUUGCACAAGGUUUUAUAAGUUGAUAUGAAAUAAGUCUUUGUGGAUGUGUAUCGUAUAAGUAACUAGCACAUUAGAUUCUAACAAUAUUUGCGGGCCAUUUGGCAGCGCUUUUGCCCUUGUUUUUAAUC